AUGAGGUUAAAUCAACACUCAAUCAUGUAGUUAGUUAGAAGUCAACUAUAAAUAUUUGAAAGAUACAAAUAGUUCUAGCACAGUUUGCCAAAUUCUACGCAUACUAGUUUGCAUGUUAACCAACUAGUCAAGACUCAAGAGUCAAGACCCAUGGAAAGAUCAAAGAAGAAGGUGCAAGUAUGGAAGAAAGUCGUAGGCCAUAUUCUGCUUUGCUUUGUGAUGGGUUUUUUCACAGGCUUUGCUCCAACAACUGGGAAUUCCUCAAUGUUUUCUGCCAGACAUUUUUUGCCAAAACCCCAAACAAAUUACACACUUGAAAUCCCAUGUCACAGUGACAACUUAAUUAAAAAGACUUUGAUGGAUAGUAGCAACUUUUCUGCAGCAAAACCUAAACAUACACUGAAGUUGCAGGAAGAGAAGGGGACUCCCCGGAGGUUUGUGAUAAUUGUCACCCCGACAGCCAUGAAACACAAGAUCGGAGUGGGGGUGCUAUUAAGGAGGCUAGCAAACACGCUGAAGCUGGUUCCUCAGCCCCUCAUGUGGGUGGUUGUCGGGCAGCAGCAAUCGUCGUCCGAGGUUUCUAAGAUACUAAGGAUGACGGGAAUCAUGUAUAGGCAUCUGGUGGUCAAGGAGAACUUCACUGACUUCUACCAAGAGCUUGAUCACCAGAGAAACGUUGCUCUUAGUCACAUUGAGCACCACAGGCUGAGUGGGAUUAUUCAUUUUGCUGGACUCCUCAAUGUUUAUGAUCUCAACUUCUUUCAUCACCUCAGAACAAUAGAGGGUUUUGGGACAUGGCCAGUGGCAUUAUUGGGAUCAAACAAGAGUGAAGUGGGGAUAGAAGGGCCAGUGUGCGAUUCUUCUUCCGGGGUAAUAGGAUGGCAUUUGAAGAAAGUGAACAACCAAACAGAUGAAAGUCCUCCAAUUAGGAUUUCCAACUUUGCCUUUAACAGUUCAAUUCUUUGGGACUCCCAGAGAUGGGGUCGUGCAUCUUCUCUUCAAGACACCUCUCAGGAUUCAUUGAAAUUUAUAAGGAAGGAGUUGAUUGAAGAUGAAGCCAAUGUGAUGGGGAUUCCACAAGAAGACUGCUCAAGAGUCCUCUUAUGGAAUCUCCGAGUUUCAAAAUGAAGAAACAAUUUUGUGUGUUUGAUUAAUUUGCCAAUUUUUGUGGGUAGCUGAAAGCCAAAGAUCAUGAUGCAUGGCAAGCAGAUUAUGAAGAAACCCACUUUUUUUUGGCAAAAUCUUGUAUAAAUACUUGUGGCACUUCUUAAUGUGAAGUAUUAUAAUGUUUUGAG